AUGUUGACGCCCUCACCAACACCUCCAGCUGGGCAGCAAAUGCCACCAGGGGCAACGACGCUACAAGAGAAAAUACAUCUUCUUCUCUCCAAGUUGUCAAGUACCAUUGAAAUAGUAAAAACGUGGCCAGAGAGUGAAGGAGACGAUGCCUCCAUCCACUUGGCCACAACCACCAAGCUUAUUUCGUCAUUACUCGAGGUCAUUAGUGGUCUGAAAGGUGUAGAAGGUGUCGUGAAAGCAGAUAGUGAUCUCCGAAAGGCCUUGCAAGCGUGUCCCGUCUCUAUCAAUCUGCUGGACCUGCUGGAUCAUGGAGGUGGUUUGAACCCAGAUUGUUUUUCUCGUGGACUUUUACGGGAGUCUCUUGGUCAGCUAAAAGGCUUGCGACGAAGAAAACUAGCUCUCAAGAUGUUAGGAGAAGCUGUCAAUUCUGGUUUGGGUGCAGAAUCAUCUGGAAAGGAAGACACAACAAACAAACGAAAACUGGAAGAUCCUGAAAUUAAAGAAGAGGAGGAUACGUCAGAACCUUCCACCAAGAAGGCUCGAACGGAGAAAGACACACCAGCCGCUCCAUCCUAA